AUGUUCGACCAGCCGGAUGUCAUGGACGUCAGCCCGGCGGCACCAGGGCCAGUGCCUGAGAAGGCCGAGUUGCCGUCGCCGCUCAAAGAAGUCAAGAUGGAACCUACAGAGAGCCCCGAGAAGCCUCGCUUUGCUUGGGCUGCCUCGAUGCUGGGUGCUGCUCGAGAGGCUGCUGCCGACUCUGGCACUUCGACCCCGAAAGCUCCCAAUGGAAUUUCAAUUCCAAGGACCCGGGAUGUGCAGCAGCUGAUUGCUGCGAAAGGCUUCGGCGCCUUGAGUUCCGGAUCUGAUGGCGAAGUUGAAGCUCCACCGCCUCCGGCUGAUGAUGCCGGCGCCUGCAAGUGCAACUUGUGCCAGCGCAGGAGGCGGGCGCAGAAGUCCAAGUUCUGCUCUGUGUGCCGUUCCGACGUCACUGCAGCCAAGCGGGACUGUGAACGACCAGAGAACGAUCGAGGCCAGUGGUUCACCGAUCUUCUUCGAAAAGGAGGAGAACCUUUCGAGGACUUUAUGCAGACAUUCAUCAAAUCAAACGCCGGCAGCCGCCGAAAAUACAGUCAGCGGCAGCGCUUCGACUUUAUUCGUUACGAGGAAUCAAGGAAGGUUCAAAGCAAGCUCCGUCUGGGCUACAAGGCCGUCUUUAUGCACAAGGAACGUGCUGUGUCGCACUGGGUUGCAACCAUUGGACUUUCCAGGAUGGAAGCACUGACCAAAUGGGAUUUAGAGCGAGCUGCAGCACGACACGUGCUUCGCGACGGGCCGGGGGGUUCGGAUCGGAUCCCCGUGAAGCAAGACGACUUUCUUAUUGUCGAGGACGAUAUCGUCGACGAGAAGCAGCUUGUGAAAAGUCACAGACAAACGAAGCACACGGAGGAGACGAAUGCAUUGAUGCUGGAUGGAUUGAGUGCAGGACGGGCAUUCUCCCAAGCUGAUCUUGAAGAGUACGGCAUUGGGCACCUGGACAACCCGGACCUGUACAAGGACUUGUUUGCUCAGCAACAGCUUGGGGCUGCUGCUGUGGAAGCCGCACCUGGCGGAGCCCCGUCUGGAGGUCCUGCAGGUGCCGCUGCAGGAGCAGAGCCGGAGGAGCUGAAAAAGCAGAAGAACUUCGACUCCGCGACGGAGCGCAUGGCGCUUCGAACCAAGAUUCUGGCUUCCAUCGACAAGGUGGCAGCCGAAUUGAAGCAGCUCAUUUCCGACGCUGACUUGGAGAGCAGCAAGCAGCCAGAUGAACUGCCAGGGAGCGAGGCCGAGGCCGUGCGGCUGCUGACGGGUCGUCUUAAUGUGGCUAUCAAAUUCCUCGGGUCCUACACGGCUGGCACGGCAUCCUAUGAAGAAGCCGCAGCCGCCCGGGAAAUGAAUGAAUUCCACGAAGAGCUUCAAAAAGGCCACGCCGAGAUGCCUGAGGUUUUCGCUGAGGCUCCAUGCCUCAUUCAGCUCACCAUGCAGGUGGCGGACGAGGCGAAGAAGAUCAAUUCUAUUGCGGAGAAGAAAGCUCUUGAGAAGGAGUUCACCCCCGUCUUGAACGUCGUCAGCUUGAUGAAAACUGCUCUGAAAGGUGCCCUGGACAAAGUCAAAAAAAAUGCCAGAGACAGGCAAGCUCGAGCUGAGAAGGCCAAGAGGAUUGCCGACCAGGCUGCUUCCAAGCAGUUGCAAGCAGACACAAAAAAGAGGCAGGCGGAAGAGCGCAAGUUGAGCAAAGCUGCCGUGAAACAAGGCAAGGUGGGAUCCAUGUUCGACAUAGACUUCGUGAAACUUGGAGUUCGACCUCUCGAGCAUGCCAACAACUCUGAGUGCAUCGCGGCCCUUGAUUGGACGAAGCCUUGGGUUGCCAAAACCGAUUGUGAAGCCUUGGCUAAGCUCACGGACGUGCUGCAGGACACCAAGGUCAAAACGGUCCUGGACACCUUCUACUCCGGGUUCCCUGGCAGCUCGGCGGCCAUCCAGGGAACCAUGAGGUACACCAGUCCGGUGAAGGACUCGAGGGCCCUCCGCAGCGUCAUCUUGGACACGCUCGGCUACAAGGAGACUCUGCCCCAAGGCAGCGAUGCAAAAUUCUUGGAGAAUUUCGACGCCGUGCAGGCGUUUGGCUAUGGAGAAGAAAUGACAUCGGCAGGGUUGGAUGCAAGGCAGCUACCGUCGCUGCGAAUCCAAACGCAAGGACACCGGGCAAUCGUCAUGCUCCCUCUCGACAAGGUAGCGGCCUACUUGAAAGUCUGCAAAAAAGGUGAGGCUGCCAGCCACAAGGAUGUCAUGGACUUCAUCACCACCGCACAGCCCAGCUCCGUCGCCGCAUUCUUGACGAUGCACCCCGACUGCCUCUUCCAUGCGCUGCUGCCGAAGAACACAGUUGCUUACUGUCCUCCGGCAUGGCUACUUCUCGAGAAGGCACCUGAUAAUGUGUCCACGAACACUCGGUAUGAUGGUAUGUCUGGUAUGCUUUCGUAG